AACCUCAUUUGACCUUGCCAUGUAAUAAUGCAAGACCAUUUGCCAUCAAUGGAAUUUUCUAAGGGGAGUUUAUUGAGGUUUCACAGAUGCAAGAGGGAUGAAUUUGGCUGGUUGCCAUAUUGCAUAAGCAAAGAAAACUAUGUCAUAGGUUCUAAUUCAGCAUGCAAAUUGCAAGGAACAUUUACAUCUUUAAUUGACAUUUAAGAAGAUGUCAGCGGCGGCAGCAGCAAAGACAGCUACUCUACCAGCAGACAUGCCUCUGUGAAAUGUUUGCAACUCCUGGGUACAGCGAGAUCUUUGCUAUGACUGCAGCACCACCGGUCUCCGCCCUUAGCCAGGACGCCUCCGUAGAAGACACUCUUGGGGUCUCCUCUCUCCUCUACAUGCCAUCAGCCCAGGAGCAUCAUGGGGAGCGUCAGUAGCCUCAUCUCCGGCCACAGCUUCCACAGCAAGCACUGCCGGGCCUCCCAGUACAAGCUCCGCAAGUCGUCCCACCUGAAGAAGUUGAACAGGUAUUCAGAUGGGCUGCUGAGGUUCGGCUUCUCCCAGGACUCCAGCCACAACAAGUCGAGCUCCAAAGGCAACAAGAAUGAGGACUUCUUUUACAUCAAGGUCAGCCAGAAAGCCCCUGGCUCCCACCGGACGGAUUACACGUCACUUUCCAGCGGGGACCUGGGCAGCCAGACAGGGGCCACUGGCAUGGACUUUGGCACACCCACUCCCCAGAAACUGAUGCCAUUUUCCAAUCAGCUGGAACUGGGCACAGAGAAGGGCGUUAUAAGGCCAACUGCCUUCAAGCCAGUGAUCCCCCGCUCAGGCGCGAUCCUCCACUCCUCUCCGGAAAAUGGCAGCCAUAUCUCCCAGCAGCUGCACCCUCCGGACAAAAGGAAGGAUCAAGAACUCAAGCCCAUGUUGUGCUCUGGAGGUUUGUCGGACUCCGGCAGGAACUCUAUGUCCAGCCUCCCAACCCACAGCACCACCAGCAGCUACCAGCUGGAUCCCCUGGUCACCCCUAUGGGGCCCAUCAGCCGCUUCGGGGGCUCAGCCCACAACAUCACCCAGUGCACCAUCAUACAAGACAGCAACAUGAUGAGCCUCAAGGCGCUGUCCUUCUCCGACAGCGGCAACAAGAUCCUCAACCCUGGAAAAGCUGCCCACCACCCCGAGAAAGCCUCCUGCAUCCGGUCUCCCAUCUCCACAGAUGAGUCCACCAUCCAGGAGCUGGAGCAGAAACUGCUGGAGAGGGAAGGGGAACUGCAGGAACUGCAGUGCAGCUUCGAGGAGAAGGAGAUCACCUCCUGCCAGGCCUAUGAGGAAAAGCAGAGGCGCUGCAAGGAAGAGCUGGAGGGGCUGAAGCAAAAGUGCAACAGCAAGCUCAAGCAAACCUCUCAGAAGAUGCAGCGGACGCAGCAGGUGCUGCACCUCCAAGUGUUCCAGUUGCAAAAGGAGAAGCAGCAGCUUCGUGAGGAGCUGGAGAACCUCAUGAAGGAGCAAGACCUGCUGCAGACCAAGCUGAGGUCCUACGAGAAAGAGAAAACCAGCUUUGCCCCAGCGCUGGAAGAAACUCAGUGGGAGGUGUGUCAGAAGUCUGGCGAAAUCUCCCUCCUGAAGCAGCAGUUGAAGGACUCCCAGAUGGAGCUCAAUGCCAAGACAAGCGAGAUCCUCAGCUUGAAAGCCCAGCUGAAGGACGUGAGGGGGAAGAUGGAGGGACUGGAGAUGAAAACCCAGGACAUGGAAGAUUCCCUUCGCACCAAGGCUAUGGAGCUGGAGGUGUGUGAAAAUGAGCUCCAGCGCAAGAGGAAUGAGUCGGAGCUGUUGAGGGAGAAGGUGAACCUGCUGGAGCAGGAGAUCAUGGAGCUCCGGACGGAGCCGACCAUCCUCAAGGAGCAGCGAAGCGAUGGGAGGGAUGGGAUGGCCUCCGCCAGCCCGGCUGUGGGGAUGAUGGACGACGUCCAAGCCCUGCAGGGGGCAGUGGAGAAACUGAAAGCAGAGCUGAAGGAGGAGAGAGACAAGAACGAGCAGCUGACUUCCAGCUUCCAGCAGGAGCGACAGAUCUGGAAGGAGGAGAAGGAGAAGGUGAUCCACUACCAGAAGCAGCUGCAACAGAGCUACCUUCACAUGUACAAAAGGAACCAGAACAUGGAGAAGAUGCUCCAGCAACUGGCUGCAGGGGGAGACGGCAAAGAGCCCAUCGACCUGGAUAUCCAUGGCACCGAUGUCCCCUACGAGGACAUCAUAGCCACGGAGAUCUAACCAGACCUGCGCUCUCUCUCUCCCCGCACUUCAUAGCAGCGGGGAGGAGUGUCUCUUUCAGGCAAGGACUGAGCGGCACAGCCCCAUGGGUCCGUUAAUGCCGGACAGCCCGUGUACAAUUCGGAUGAGCCGUGUAUGUGUUAGCCAAGCUGGUUGCCCAACCAGCUCAAGAGCUCCUAGUGUGGCACCAUGAUGGUACCCCAAGCUGCCCGUCAUGUUGUGGAGGUGAAAGAAAACAACUCCUGCUAAUGGUGACGUGCCGGCAUCUGCCCUUCGUGUCUGAUGUCUCCUCAGCAGGAUGCUGGUCGCCCACUUGUAGAAACGGGGAGGGGAGGGUUGGGGAUUGGAACAGGAGUUUAGCAGAUGAUUCUGCAAUCAGGGAAUAAAGUGACACGCUGGCCAAACUCUCCCAGGGGUGCAGAAGGGGCCACUGGGUCACUGUGACUAAGGAAAUCAGCCCCCUCCAGUGUGUAACACACACAUUGGUCCGGCCCCUGGAAGAGGGUGGCCAGGGACACACUCCUCCUCCUGAGCGCCACGGGAAAUAAUGCCUCAUUGCAACCACUGAGCCCGGGCCCAAGGGCUAAGGAAUACACUGAGCCAAUCAAAAAAAAAAAAUCUAUUUAUCUUCCUCCUGGGGAUUCUGGUUUCUAGGAUUUGCAGGCUUUUAUCCCUCUGCAGCUUGAGUCCAGUGGAACCCGUCCAGGCUCCAGUCCCUACAGGCCAAGGUGGUAUUUUUGCCAUGCCAGAGAUUUGGAUUAGCAUCUCCAAUCUGCUUCUUCGCUCCUUAGGUUAACCCGACCUCAAGAAUGACCACCCCAACCAGCUAGUUCAGGACCAGGGACCAAAGGGAGCCCCAUCCAUUUCUCCUUGGCAAGCAGGAUGAUGGUGGGUAUGUUGGGGGAAGGGAUGGAAAUUAAAAGAUCCCUCCCUGUCUCUGAGAGAGAAGAGGAUGAGGAUCGAUCGUCUGCCCUCAGGCAAAAAAGAAACCAGUAGAAGGAGACCACUCUCAAGGGAGCAUUAGCUGACAGUGCUUAUCAGUACAGCUUCGUGCCACCCCAAACUGCUUCAUGCCAACGAGGCCCAUGACUUCAGCGAGCCCGACUAUCUUGCUUCCAGAGCUGGUCAGAAAAUGCUGCAAGAGUCUUCAUAAAAAGAGGUUGAACAUUUCAUAAUAAUUUUGAGCCGGUAGGUUUCCAAAAGGAACCAUUUUCCACCUACUCUAAAGCUUUUGCAAAACGUUUUUAUUGCAAAAUGUUCAGUUUUGAAAAUUCCAAGUUUAGAAAAUUUUCAGCUUUUCAGUUUUAGAACCCAGCCCCUACCCUCUCCCUCCUUCUGUCAUUAAAAGGAGAAGGGGAGAAAAAGGAAAAACAAACUGAAAACACCAAAUCCCCAAAUGUUUAGUUUACAGGUUUCAUUAAAAAAAACACACACACACACACACACACGCUAUUUUUUUUUUUUUUUUUUUUUUUUACAAAUGAUAUUUUUUUUUGCAAAGAUUUCCAUGUUAGGAAUAAAAGCCACUUUCCACCUAAAAUAUUUUUUGUUUAACAAAUUUUGACCAGUCCAGCUCAGCUCCUUGCUGCUUUUUGUGUCUGGUUGCCUGAGGAGGAUGGGGUAGUCUGUGCUUUGGGGAAAUUAGACUUCCCACCUUAUACUGGGUGCAUAAAAUUCAAAGCCAUGUAGCCAAAAGCACUCCUUGAAAAUCCUGCCCUGUGUUCUUCCUGUUGUCUCUCUCAUCUCAGAGCUGGGAGCUACCAAAAUAUCAGUCCAUCUCAUUUUUUCCAUCAUUUUGGUCAUUUUUAUUUGUGUUGUUCCCCCCUCCCAUUCCAUGAUCAAAGUUCAGGCUAGUAAAGGGAGAUGCUGCAGGAAAGAAGCUUGGCCCUCAACAGCUGCUAAAUAUACUCUUUACAGUUCAGAUCCCUAUAUUUUAAUAUGCCAGUCAGGCACAGGUGGGGGUCAAGGCCAAGUUGGCUACUGUCAAGAUCCACCAGCUGGCAGCUGCUGGAGUUUGGCCAUCACCUGUUUUAGAUUCACUGGCACAAGGGUCCAUUGUUCCUAAAAACAACCUUCUAAACCACUACCAAAUAUUUACAGCUUUCUUUGGUUUCUUGGAUUUUAGUGCUCAUGUGGAAAAGAGAGAAAAUCCCCACACAUAGCUGAGCCAAUGCACCUUGAUCCUGACCUCCGUCUCUCUGUGCUGUUCUAGCCGUAAGGGAACCCACACAAAGGUGGGACUGCAGGUCUUGACCCAGAAUAACCCCUGAUAUUGCAGUGCUGAACAGACCCACCCUUCACUGCCAUUGUGUCAUAUCCCUGCCCCAGAAGAGCCUUUGCUACUGUGGUCCCCUCUUUGCCCUGCAGGUGCACCUCCAUCCUGACCUGCAUCACUCCAUUUUUCCAGUCCUGGAUGAAUUGCAUCAAGUCUCACCUAGCUAGGGAGCGGGGUGGCUAUGUGAACCAAUACUAGUGAAGGACUUAAACUGAGCCCUGGGAAACUCCUCUCACGUGUGACCUGAUGAAGAUUUGGAGCUCAAGGAGUUAAUUCUCCAUUGUCCUGUACCGUGUGUGCUCACUGUCCCAAGUACAAGUGAGUGUGAAAAGCUGCCAUAUCCGAAUGGUAGUUCUUUACACCAGCAUAAAUAACUGCAAAAGACGCAAGGCAAUGGGGGAUCAGGCCCCAGGUUUCCAAGGGGAAAAGGCUACUCUAUUAUCGUCCUCCCUUCUUCUCCACAUGCCAGCCAGGAAGCUGGGUUUAAGGAUAUACCCUCCAGAGUCAAAACAUGCAUAAAUUACCAUUUCCAAACCACACUCAUCUCUGGAGAAUCCCCUCUGAAGCCAGUGUUGCUACCCCAGGGAGAAACCUGGCUCAAUAGUGAUCAUUUGUCAAGCUAGGAGGCAGCUUCCCUGCUCUCUCUCUGAUUCCCCCACAUGUUCCCGCCUAUUGAAUGCUGACUGCCUUAUUAUUCCCCUCCAUGCCAUUAAGUCAGUGGGUUCCAGGCCCAGUGGGUGACAGGAGCUUGUAAGAGAAAAGGAUUUCAUUUUGUUUUCUAGUCCAAGUCUUAAAUCUUCCCCCAGCCUUUAAUGGAGGAUUACAAAACUCCAGCAUGUAAACCAGCCCUCCUGCACUCAGCAGCUGCCAAACGCUGCUGUGAGCAAACUGGGCUUCCUUGUCCUCACAUUGGUGUCCGUUUGAUCCUGUUGUGAGGGCAGGUUCUGCAGGGGCCAGAAAGCAUGAAACAGAAUUCUCAGCCACAAGCCUCUGAACACCUUUUUCAAGGCAUUGGGAAUUUUAGUGCCCAGGAAAGCUGGCUCAGCAGAAGCCAGAAGCUUCUAUCCACGGAGCAGGUACGGGAUGGACAGCAGGAGGUCAGGAGUCCGUGACAUGCUGCGUUCCCACCAUGCUUUGCCUGUGGCUUCGAAGGAACCCCUGCUCCUCUAGGAAUGCAAGGAGAGUUUAGUCUCCAUCGCCCGCUGGUUUCUCUCCUAGCCAAGCCUGCCAGUCAGGAGACCGAUUUGUGCCAAUUGCAGUGGGGUUUGUAGUGGAGCGGGGACAUUGGUCCCCAAAGGAACUGGGCCGAGAUCCACCAAACUCACUUCACGUGGGCUGGUGCACAGCCUUCAGCCACAACUGUCUGGGCAUGAAUUCAAACUGAUGAGGUAGAGGCCGUCACCUCUGAGCUAUCCAAUUCCUAAGCCAAAGCUGGAGAGGUGAAUGGACUUUCCAUCCUAUUGCCAGUGCCCCAGCCUACCAGCUUCUAAACUCUGAAACCGAUCUGUGCCUUGUGUGUUUCCCCAACCAAAGCAAAACCAGGUGUUGUUCUGGAAGCUAUUUACAUUUGGCUCAAACGUGACAGGUGGGCAGCACACACUAGUCUUUUCCUCUGAUGGGUUAGAGAAAAGGCUUUGGCCACCACCACCGUCCCAUCUACUGGGCAGUCCCCCAAAAAUCAGAACCCAACAAUCAAGGGUAGGAAAGGCUCCAGCCCAUCCACCAUGCACUGAUUCUCCGUGGGCCUGCAUUUUGCAUAGUCAUUUCCACCAAUGCAAAGCCACUGGGCUGGAUUUGUAUUCUGCAAGCCAGCCCAAGCAAGGGACAGUGCUCACCUGUAAUGUCCCAGGAUCUGGCCAGAAAUUAGAUGCUGAAUCUGAGAGUCACAGCCUCAUCCCUGCUUCUCCAUCUGUAUUGGCUCCGAUAUUCAGGCCUGUGCAACAGCUUUGGCUGCACCCCCUGUACCAGAGGGGGAGAGCUGCUGUUCUCCCCCAUACAUGCAUGGCUGGAACUUGUGUAACAAUUGCAGGGGAGGAAGGGGUCUCUCCCCCACCUCCACUUUACUCCCAGAACACACGACUGAGCCCAUUCUGGUUUGGCUCAGACUUUGCACUGUUGUGCAAAUAACUACACCAGGUUCAGGGGAAAAGAGAAUCACGUCUCCUAGUGCUAAAUUUCCACAAACUUCAGGGAGGCUUGGAUACUUUGUGUCUCGAGCCCUUCUUUACUGAAGGAGGAGUUGACUGUUUCCCACAGUCAUGCUGUUCCUUCAGCCCAGGAGCAGCGAGCAUCUUUGGCAUACCAGCCAUCUCUAGGAAUAAGUCCCCCUGCCACCCUUACAGAGUAAAUCCAUCAGAUCUUUCAGACAAGGCAGAUCCAGUUCCAGUUCCUCCUUGCCUUUCCCCUUAGAGAUUUUCUGUUGGGAGGUGAUGCGAGUUUGCAGACAUUUUUCUGUAAGAUAUUGUGUUCUUCUCCCAACAGAUUUGCUUCCCCUCCACCCCACGCAUGUGUCAUGCGUUCACUGCCUCUCUGACACGCUGCACACUGAGGCAGGGAGGAUCCAAGCAACUAGCAAUUAAAAUGAUCAUAACUUGGAACCAACAAAUGGUUCCUUAUAUCUGUAGUGCCCAAGAUAACCUCUUACAGAAAGGGGUGGUUGUAUUUGCCUUAAAUACAGCGGAUUCCUCCUGGAAAAAACAAACAGUCUGAUCAGGAAGAUUUCCACAUUUUAAUGUUGCACUGAUGCCUUCUUUUUUCAAAUGAAAAAAAACAAGCAAGUGGCACCAAGUGUCUGUUUUCAGCUUGCUCUUCAAUACCAAACCCUGGGCUGGAAUUUCAGAGGUGUUGAGCACCCAUGAAUUGCACCCAAGUUAACGGGAGCAGCAGGUGCUGAGCACCUCUGAAAGAUAGGGCCACGAUUGCGAUGUUGCAGAUCCUCAUGAUGAGAGGUAGGUAGUGCAAUCCACACAUAAGACCUAUAGCAUUACAGAAAGCUUACCUCCCAUUGGUGCACAGAUAAGUUCAGGGUAUAUUAAGGCUCUGAGCCUGCAAUUGCACGCAUAUGCUUUGUAUCCUGUAACCCACACAGAACCCUGUUGAAGUCUCCAGGGCACCACACAGGUGCAAAUACAGGAUUGGGAAGUAAAUGAUACAGCUCUUCAGAGAGAGCCUCAAACUACAACAUCUGCAUUUGGAUUCUGAACACCUAGAACUUCAGGGUGGUUUUGAUAGACCCAGUAGAAAGAUAAAGGCUAUUUGUAAAAUUUGGAUCCAGUUUCAGAUUUCAAACCCUAGGCUCUAGAUUUUACCCAUAUCUUCUAGAAAGACAGCUUGGGAUAUAAUUUGAACAAAAGAAAAAAAAAUAUAAUGGAGCAAGACUAUUCCGAGCCUAAAGGCCGAGUCUUGUGACUUAUCCUGGUCCCUUUGGCUUGUGAUUUAUCCCUGGUUCCCUCUAGAAUAAUCCAGAUUUUAGUCUGACCUCCUGCAGAACACAGGCCAGAGACUUUUCCACCCAGCAAUUCCUGCCUCUUGUGGCUGAGCUAUAGCACACCUACUGGAGGCUGAUGGGUAAGCGCCAGAUGCAAAUGGCCCAAGAGAUGCAAACGAUACACGAUGCAAGAAGAGCAAAAUUGUUCCUGACCAGGAUCCCAUCAAGAGUUUUCCCACAGGGCACCAGCUCAUGUCUCAUUAAGGCCCUGCUCCUUCCUCAUUUAAGUCAAGGGGCACGGUCCCAUUGACUUCAAUGGCACCCAUGGGAAUUCCUUGUAUCACCAGCCCUGUAUCUUCCACAAGCGCUGUACAAUGUGAUUGACUGGAGAUGCUGCCUUUGCACAAUGCUGUGUUUGACUUUGACUGUAUGCAUUGCCAAUGUGUCACUCUUAGGCAUAUGAGUAACUGCUAUGCUGUCCCACCCACCCACGGGGCGAGGCCAGGUUUUAGUCUGUAUAUAUUAGAUAUUACUUUUUUUCUGCAGGUUUUUAGAUGUUAUUUCUGGUGACUGAUGUAAACUAUGGUAAUUUUAUGUUUUUAUUUAUAUUAUAAAUAAAUUUUUUAAAACCUA